ACCAGCAAGCAAACAACUUUCACGGAGUGAACAUGCACUAGUUCGAAAACAAUAUUUUUUGUGGUUGAUUUAGCUAAUCUUCUGUAUUUGAAAUGUCUAGAAUUCGUGGAGGAACUUCCGAGGCAAAAGAUGCCAAUGAAAAUGUGCAGAAAAUAUGCGAUGAGUUGAAGUCCCAUGUCGAGGAUAAAACUGGACAGAAGUAUGACGUUUUCAUCGCCAAAUCAUAUAAAACACAAGUUGUUCAAGGAAAAAACUUCUUCAUCAAGGUGCAUGUAGGUGGGGAUGACUUUAUUCAUUUGCGUGUGUUUAAUAGCCUGCCCUGUUAUGGAGGCAAACUAGAGCUGCACAGUCUGCAGCCAUCCAAAGCUCACCAUGAUGAGAUUGAAUACUUCUGAGUGAAACUUCCAGAAAGACC